ACCGCACUGUCGACAUUAUAUACCAGUGAAUAUCGGAUACUUUUAACUAUAAUAUACUAUUUAAAGCUAUUGUACUAUUGGAUUUUAUAUGAGAAUUCUUAUGGAUAUAUUGUAUUAAUAGUGUGUUACUGUUUUGGAUUGUAUUAUAUUGGAAUACUUUGUUAACUCAGCAGUCUUCACGACAAAAACUUUAAAGGGACAACAUCCCAAAAUUUUAACAUGGCUGAUUCUGGAUUUACUUUACUAGUGACUCUUUAGUGAUUGUUACUUUUUAUCUGCCUGUGGACAAAUAGAAAUUUGUCCCUGGCAAACUUAAAACCAUUUUGGACCUGGAGUCCUUAUAUAAAAUGAGUGGUACAGAACACCAUGUUCACGCAACUGCGGAUAAAGGCCUCAAAAUGAAAAUCAAAAGAAAGAAUGUAGCUGGGGUGAACAAGGCUGAUAGCAAACAUGAAAUUGUGAAAAAUGAAGGAAAAAACGUCGACUCGGCUAAUAACAGUGGAGCAGGGGUAAACGGACAAAGUACUGACAAAAACAAACAAAGCAGUUCAAAUAGUGACAAGUCACCGUAUAAAAAUAAAAGUACUCAUAAAAAGGAGAAAACGAAAGAAAAGGGUGGAAGUAAUAUUAACAAUAAAACUGAUCGUUUAGUGAACGGUAAUAUUAGUAAUGGAUUAGAUGAACUCUUCAACAAAGUUUCAAUGGAGCCUAAAAUAGCAGACAUGGCACAAACUGUCAAGAAAGAAGGAAGUUUAGAUCCCUAUGAUUUUAAUAAUGAUGAUGAUGGAAUAACAUUACCUACUAAAAAGGUUAAGACAGAAAAG